AGCCAUGGCCCGCGAGAACGGCGAGGACGGCUCCUCGUGGAAGAAGCAAGCCGACGACAUCAGCAAGAUCUUCGAGUUCAAGGAGACCCUGGGCACUGGUGCAUUCUCUGAAGUAGUUUUGGCUGAAAACAGGACUACUGGAAAACUAUUUGCAGUCAAGUGCAUCCCAAAGAAAGCCCUGAAAGGGAAGGAAAGCAGCAUUGAGAAUGAAAUUGCAGUUCUGAGAAAGAUCAAGCAUGAAAAUAUUGUUGCCCUGGAAGACAUCUAUGAGAGUCCAAACCACUUGUACCUGGUCAUGCAACUUGUGUCCGGAGGUGAACUAUUUGACCGCAUCGUAGAGAAAGGAUUUUACACUGAGAAAGAUGCCAGCACUCUGAUACGGCAGGUGUUAGAUGCUGUGUAUUAUCUUCACAGAAUGGGCAUUGUUCACAGAGACCUCAAGCCUGAAAACCUGUUGUACUACAGCCAAGAUGAAGAAUCUAAAAUAAUGAUAAGUGAUUUUGGACUGUCAAAAAUGGAAGGUAAAGGUGACGUCAUGUCCACAGCAUGUGGCACCCCAGGAUAUGUCGCUCCUGAAGUUCUUGCCCAGAAACCCUACAGCAAAGCAGUAGAUUGUUGGUCCAUUGGAGUUAUUGCAUAUAUUCUGCUCUGUGGGUAUCCUCCCUUCUAUGAUGAAAAUGACUCCAAGCUUUUUGAGCAGAUCCUUAAAGCAGAAUAUGAAUUUGACUCUCCAUAUUGGGAUGAUAUCUCUGACUCUGCCAAAGAUUUUAUUCGGAAUUUGAUGGAGAAAGACCCAAACAAAAGAUAUACCUGUGAGCAGGCAGCCCGACAUCCCUGGAUUGCUGGUGACACAGCCCUCAAUAAAAAUAUUCACGAGUCCGUCAGUGCACAGAUUCGCAAGAACUUUGCAAAAAGCAAAUGGAGACAAGCAUUUAAUGCCACAGCAGUUGUGAGACACAUGAGAAGGUUACAUCUUGGCAGCAGUUUGGACAGUUCAAAUGUAAGCAUGUCAAGCUCCCUCAGCCUGGCGAAGCCACUACCUGAUGGAACAACGAGGAAAGAUUGUAUGUCCCCAUCCACCCCCUGUAGUUUUGCAUCAUCGGCUUCAUCUGCGGUUUCUGCCGUAGGAGAGCGGAGACCGAGGCAGACCACAGUGACAACAGUGCAUACAGGGACCAAGUGAUCCAGACUGCUGCUGCCCCCGCCCUCUCGAAGAGGUCAGAGGUGGGGGGAGUGCCCAGGCAGGCGUGGAGAUGCAGGCAAGCCUUCUCCUGGGUGAUUUCAUCCUGCAUUGCAAGCUCAGUGAAGGACUGGAAAGAAGGAUUUUUUUAAAUGGCCAUAUUUUAUACUGCAAUUCUGAAAUGUUGCAUUUAUCACCAACUGCAAUGACUCUGGGAGGGUGGGAAGGGUCAGAUCUAACAGUAUCUGGUGCUGAGUUAAUGAAUCUAGGAAUGUUCUAAUGGACACUCAUGCUAGUUCCUCAAUGAUUUACUCUAUUUUCAGUGUAGGUAACAGUAUAUGCUUUUUCAUUAACUAAAGGUCUCAACUGGAUUAUUUAAAUAGAGGUGAUUUCUGAGCAUUA